AUGGUGAGGCUCGGAAAUCUUUGGCCACAGGCCAUAGCCAUUGUAGCAGGACUCCUUGGUGUUGCGAAGAGCGACAGCUUGCAAGAUGUUGAGCACGUCGUGUUGUUCAUGCAAGAGAACCGAGCUUUCGACCACUACUUUGGCACCAUGGCAGGUGUUCGCGGUUUCAAUGACGCCAAUCUCCAAAUGAAUGAUGGCGUUCCUGUGUGGAAGCAGAAGACAUCGCCAAAGCUCACCAAUAACACAGAUUACAUUACGCCAUGGUACUUGAAUUAUCUGGGAGGAAACUGGUCCGAGGCCACGCAGUGCAUGAUUGCAGGCAGCAAUGGCUGGUACCACAAUCAUGCAGCUUGGAAUGGCGGAAAAAACGACCACUGGGCUCUCAACAAUACCCCGUACAGCAUUGGGUACUACAAGAGAGACGAUUUGCCCACGCAAUGGGCGCUGGCUGAGAAUUGGGUAGUCGGGGACAUGUAUCAGGAAUCGGUAGUUGCGUCAACGAGCCCAAACCGCGUCAUGUGGAUGAGUGGCUCUAUCAACGUCCCGGGUGGUAAUCUGAGUCCAGAUUUGGGAGGCAACCCUUACAUUGACAACUACGAAACACCUGGAUGUGACGACAACGGCAUCAACUGCUACCCUCUGAAAUGGAAGACGGCACCAGAGUAUUAUGAAGAUGCAGGCACGAGCUGGCAAAUAUACCAAGAUGGCACCGAUGACUAUGACAACUUUGACGACAACCCCCUUGCAUGGUUCAAGCAAUUCCAACAUGCCAAAAGAGGUUCCAGCUUGAACACAAAGGGCAUGGAGGGACGGAAGCUGCAGGAGUUCUACGACCGGGCGGCGAAUGGAACUCUUCCAGAGGUGUCCAUCAUCAUCGGGUAUAGAGAGCUGGCGGAGCACCCUCCUUACUCGCCACACGAUGGAGCCUGGUUGGAAAACAAGAUUGCCGAAGCCGUCAUCAAGUCCCCAAAAUACAACCGGACGGCGCUCAUCAUCUCCUUUGACGAGACUGGCGGCUGGUUUGACCACGUGGACCCUUACAGAUCGCCCAACGGAACAGCAGGCGAAUGGUACAAUGACAAAGCCGGCAUUGGAUACACGUUCACCGGGCCAGGAUUCCGAGUCCCAUUCUACAUUAUUUCCCCGUGGACGAGAAAAGGCGGCGUGUUCGUCGAGCAUGCCGACCAUACCUCUCAGCUGCAAUUCAUCGAGAAGUGGCAGGCAGCCAAGUGGCGCUUCGUUGAGUCCCGCGAGAUGGUCCCCUGGCGCAGAGAAAACAUGGGAGAUUUGCUGGGCGCCUUUGACUUUGAGAACCCCGACUACAGCAUUCCCGAGCUGCCGAAAGCCCCCGAGCCUCACAGGAACCGCCAGGGGAGAUUUGACGGCGCAUCACAUUGUAUGGGUCUGUACCCGGAACCGCGACCUCCUGUGCCGUAUUCGGGAGACGGCACAACCAAGGACAUGGCCAGCGUGGUUGAGCACGGUUUCAAGCCUAUCCGCGGUAAGCUGACAGAAGGUCGCCACUUGGUCAUCGAGAUGGGCAACUACGCACUCGCAAGUGCCGACAAGUUGAUAACUGGUAAAGCGGGCAACAAACAUGAUUCCAAGAACCAGCGAUGGGUUGUGCAUGCUGAAGAGCUUGGCGGGACCAUGUUCAAGAUGUCGAGCAGCGAAAGCGGGAAAUACGUAUGCGCUGAUUUGGCGCUUUGCAGUGACAAGGGCAAAGCAUUCGUUUUUGAUAUUCGCUUCAAACCCAGUCAUGGAUAUAGAUUCAAGAUCAAAGAUGGUAAGAAUUUGGUGGCGAGUGACAAGGGAGAGUUGUCAUUAAACAGCUCAAGUGCAUAUUGGACUAUUUACAGCGUCAAUUAUUAG